AAUGACAAUGCUGUGAUAGUCACAGGAGUAUACAUUAGAAAUAAUUCUUAUUUCUCCUGCAGAUGUCCAGCAGCUUUAUCGUCAAGCAGAACCUGCCCCUCAGUUGCUGGAGGGGAGCGCCACAUUGAAACCGGAUGAUCCACAGCCCUCCCACAUUAAAGAGGAAGAGGAGGAACUCUGGACCACACAGGAGGGAGAGUGUCUUCUAGGGCUUGAGGUAGCUGAUCUUACCAAGUUUCCAUUGACUGUUGUCUCUGUGAAGGCUGAAGACCAUGAAGAGAAACCACCUGAGUCCUCACAGCUUCGUCACAGUCCAAGCGAAGAGAUCAGAGCCGUGGAAUUUCCAAGCAUCGGCUCACCCAAACACAUAACAGAAGCUGAUGGAGACCACUGUGGAGGAUCACAAGCGGACAUCCUCUCAGCUCCACUGUCAGAUAGUGACGACGCAACGGCAGAUGCUAAUGUAAAUAUAGAAUCACACACGAGGACACACUCAAGACAAAAACAUUUUGGUUGUUCAGUUUGUGCAAAAGGCUUCUUUAAAAGUUCGAAUUUGACUCAACACAUGAGAACGCACACAGGAGAAAAACCUUUCAGUUGUUCAGUUUGUGGUAAGAGAUUUGCUAAAAAAGAUAACAUGCAAACACACAUGAGAAUGCACACAGGAGAAAAACCUUUUAGUUGUUCAGUUUGCGGUAAACGAUUCUAUGACAAAAGUAAUAUGCAAAAACACAUUAGAACACACGUAGGAGAAAGAACGUUUAGUUGUUCAGUUUGUUGUAAAAGAUUCUCUAACAAAAGUAAUAUGCAAAUACACAUGAUUAGAACACACACGGGAGAAAAACUUUUUAGUUGUAUAGUUUGUGGCAAAAGAUAUUCUAACAAAAGUAAAAUGCAAAUACAUAUGCGAACGCACAGAGGAGAAAAACCUUUCAGUUGUUCAGUUUGUCUUAAAAGAUUCACGAAGAAAAGUAAUGUGAAAAUACACAUGAAAAAACACUCCGGGGAAAACCUUUAUAGUUGUUCCGUUUGCUCAAAGGACUUUGUUAAAAACUCAAAUUUGACUCGACACAUGAGAACACACACAGGAGAAAAACAUUUCAGCUGUUCAGUUUGUAGUAAUACAUUCUCUAGCAAAAGUAAUAUGCAAAUACACCUUAUGAGAACACACACAGGAGGGAAAACCUUUUAGUUGUUCAGUUCUGCCGUAAUAGAUUCUCUAAUAAAAGUGAAAGACAAGUGAAGAGGAGAACGCACACACAAGUUGUUAAUUUUGUCCAAAAGACUUUGUUUAAAAACUCAGAUUUGACUCGGCACAUGAGAACACGCAGGGGGAAAAAACGUUCCUUUUUUUUGGAAGUCCUCUUUGAACGUAUUCCUGCAGAGUCACCAAUGUUCUACUGCAGGGCUUCUUUAAAACCCGUGUCUGGACCCAGUUGGGAUCCAGCUAGCCUACCCUAUGAUAUGAAAUACAAAAUGUGUUCCUUUUAGUUACUGCUUAUUAAAUAAAUCAAAUGGUUUGUAACGAAUGACAAAUACGGUGUUUUUAGUUAUGAUUUACAGUGAUCCAUUUAAGAUAACUGUUGGAAUAUUUUCACCUUUUUCACUAAAUUAAUAACUGGGACAAAAAUACACACCCAGUUCCAACACCCACUCAGCAGUUUAGUUAGGGAUUUUUUUUGUCAAAAAAUGGUCUCCAGACCACCAUCAUUCCCUCGUCUCCUGUCCUCUUCGAUGUUGCCUGUUAUUGUGUUCCAGUGGUUGCUACACUAUAUUGCCAAAAGUGUUUGGCCACCUGCCUUUACUCACAUAUGAACUUGAAGUGCCAUCCCAUGGAAUUGUCCAAAAUGUUUUGGUAUCCUGGAGUAUUCAAAGUUCCUUUCACUGGAACUAAAGUUAAAGUUAAAGUACCAAUGAUUGUCACACACACACUAGGUGUGGCGAAAUUAUUCUCUGCAUUUGACCCAUCACCCUUGAUCACCCCCUGGGAGGUGAGGGGAGCAGUGGGCAGCAGCGGUGGCUGCGCCCGGGAAUCAUUUUUGGUGAUUUAACCCCCAAUUCCAACCCUUGAUGCUGAGUGCCAAGCAGGGAGGUAAUGGGUCCCAUUUUUAUAGUCUUUGGUAUGACUCGGCCGGGAUUUGAACUCCCAACCUACCGAUCUCAGGACGGACACUCUAACCACUAGGCCACUGAGUAGGGCCAAGCCCGACUCCUGAAAAGCAACCCCACACCAUAAUUCCUCCUCCACCAAAUUCCACACUCGGCACAAUGCAGUCUGAAAUGUAGCGUUCUCCUAACUAUCAAACCCAGACUGGUUCAUCAGAUUGCCAGAUGGAAAAGCGUGAUUCAUCACUCCAAAGAAGGCGUCUCCACUGAUCUAGAGUCCAGUUGCGACGUGCUUUACACCACUGCAUCCCACGCUUUGCAUUGGACUUGGUGAUAGAUGGCUUAGAUGCAGCUGCUCGGCCAUGGAAACCCAUUCAAUGAAGCUCUCUGCGUACUGUACGUGGGCUAAUUGGAAGGUCACAUGAAGUUUGUAGCUCUGUAGCAACUGACUGUGCAGAAAGUCUUUGCACUAUUCGCUUCAGCAUCCGCUGACCCCUCUCUGUCAGUUUACGUGGCCUACCACCUGGUGGCUGACUUGCUUUUGUUCCCAAACUCUUCACUUUUCUUAUAAUAAAGUUGAUAUUGGAAUAUUUAGGAGCGAGGAAAUUUCUCGACUGGAUUUGUUGUACAGGUAGCAUCCUAUGACAGUUCCACGCUGGAAAUCACUGAGAGCGGCCCAUUCUUUCACAAAUGUUUGUAGAAACAGUCUCCAUGCCUAAGUGCUUGAUUUGAUACACCGGGCCAAGUGAUUAGGACACCUGAUUCUCAUCAUUUGGAUGGGUGGCCACAUACUUUUGGCAAUAUAAUGUAUGUUUCUUCUUCUUUGAUUUUGUCGGAUCACAUUUGUUCACGUGAGAUUUGGGACUUGGAGGACUAGAGUCUGGCUCGGUGGUGGGGCAGAAUUGCAAUAUGCGUGUUGUGUUGAUGUGAUGGUAGCACACCACACACAUAACCAUCACAACUGUUCAAUGCUAUUUUUUAUAUUUGUGUGAGAAUUGCAACGGAUACAAAAUGUCUUUAGAUGUAGAAAAUUGUUGUGUAGCCACGUUAAGUCACACAUCGCAAGAUACAGCAUCUAUGACAUGUUUCUAUGGUUCAACCUUGCUAUUAUUAGUUAUGCCACUUUGUCUACUUGUGCUCAAGGUUAAAUACACACUUCACACGUUAUCACACGUCUCAGAAAGGUAGAUCUGUGUGCUGCUCUUCUGUCCAAUAAAAUUCUGUGAACCGUUACUCACAACCUGACUGAUCCUCGGAGCUGUU